GAACCAUUAGAGUCUUCGUGAUUCAUUUGACAUUCUGCCAUUGGUUGCUACUGAUUUGCAUAUUUCGUCGACAAGAAUUUGAGUCGAGAACGAAUUUCUUCGUUUAUAAGGCGAUGCAGAAGCCAGUGGACUCAUCCGUGAGUGAAGUCAAGCACUGGACAAUAAUGCAGAAAUCGUGGUUCUUCAUUGUCACAGUCGUAGUACUGUUAGACUCGUCGUAUGGUGGGCCGUGCAGGUACUGGUGUAAAGUUCAUGAGGAUCACUACUACUGCUGUCCAAGUGGUCACCCCGAACACUCAAAAUCAGAGGAAAAAUGGGCUUCGGCAAAUUUUUGGGCCCACAUAAUAGGAUUCCUGGUGGAUUGCACCUCUCACAAACACAAGGAGCAUCACGCGUCCUGGAGUCUCGAGCCCGAGACUCCGAAAUCCCGGUGUCCACCAGCGAGAUCCGUCUGCCCUCGAUCGUGGAAUUUCGAUCCUCCCAAACUCUGCGACUCUGACAAAGCCUGUGGACCCUGGGAAAAAUGCUGUUAUGAUAUUUGCCUGGAUCAUAAAGCUUGCAAACCUGCUGAAUAGUCGAACUAACUAGGCUGGCAUUCGCCACUUUGCAUAUUAGGGUCACCAGACCAAAAGGUAGACGAUUUCUUUUUUUUUAACUUUUUUUUAGUAUUCUAUAAAAAAUA